UCGAGAUUGAAAGCAAUUAUUGAUACAGUUGAUCCCCCAUUUAGGGCUUUCACCUUGGUUUUGCAUCAAUAGGCUUUGUUGGUUUACAAAACUCUCGUUCCUGUUUUAAGCAGUCAGUUCAGACGUUUUCCUACGCUUUACGCCGUCUUCAUGUCUUCACUUCUAGUUUUGAUCGGCUUACUGGUUGGUCUGUGCGCGUUAGGUUCGUUUGGCCAUAUAAUAACUGUGGUUUAGGUCAGUUUAAUUUACAACACCCACUUGAAAACCUCUCUACAUUACGGCGGUUUUUGGUUGAGUGUCAUCCAAUCAGACGCAGAACUAAAACCAAUCAUGUCUCGCUCGCACGGCCCGCCCACGUUUUCCCGAGCUUGGCAUCUGUAUGAGUUUUGAUUGGUUCAUUGGACUGUCCGUGUCCUUUGUGAUAACUUUGUACUGGUUUUACGACGCUCGAUUGAAAACUGCUCUAUGGUGUCGUAAUAUGGAAGAUAAACGUUUGUUGAUUAAUUCCGAGACAAACCUCUCAAGGUAAUUGGUUUGUUUAAGUCUAUUCACCUUUUCUAUUUGUCCUUGUCUCUUGUAGUACUGGAAAUUCUCUCCAUCGGCCCAAAACUGACGUAUGUACUGCAGCACCCAUUGGUUGUCGUAGUAACUCCUCUGUAUUACCUAUGGACUGACUACUCAGAUCAAUAUGAAGCCAAUGUGAACCACCUGGAACUGUUCAAGCACCUCCGUUUUCCUGACUUUACAGUCUGGCCAGGUAAGGUGUGUAUGUGUCAUUGCUGGUGAAGAGGAGAUAAAAUGGACGACGAGGCUGGUGACGGGAGAAUAACGGUCAGCAUUGCGAAGCGCAAACUUGGCGGUGUUGGCUUUGUCACGAGUAGACGCAGCGCGAGUCCGUACCUCGCCGUGUCACACGUUGUCAAGGGAGGAGUAGCGCACGAGACAGGCUUGAUUCAGACUGGAGACGUCAUUCUCGAAGUGAAUGGGAAGUCCUUGGAAAGCGUGCCUUACCACAAGGCAUUGGAAAUUCUCGACAAAGUUCCCACCGGCGAGGAGAUGGUGAUACAAGUGCGCGCCAAGGACGGAUUCCGAGCGUAUCUGGAAACGGCCUUCGAUGACAAAGGUGCUGUAAAAACUGUGCGAAAGACGAGAGCAACAUCUCCUUCCAAAGCUCUCACGAACAUGAACAGCGAGUUGAAUGGAGAAGCACACGAGCCAAAAAGCCCCAAAAGGAAGCCAGCUUCGACGAAUGGACAAGACACAAGGAAAGAACAGCAUGUUGUAAACGAAGUGCUGCCGACCCCAACAAUGUCUAAUGGCGGACUGGAUCAUGAUACCAGAGCGUGUGAAAGCGGAAUACUCAGCGCGUCCAGUGAAAUUAAAAAAUGUCCGGUGACAAAUUUCAUAUCAAAACCCCAGCAGCCAAAAUACGUCAGAUUGCAAAACCUGCUUGACGGCCGGUACACGACUGACACACUUCAUCAAAAGGCCAUAGUCGUAAGUUAGAAAUUUCUUGUUAUUACUAAUGAUUUGCGUCUAUGCAACUAAUCUUUUUGGUUUAAAAAAGUUGGUAAUGAGGUCAAAUGUUUUACCAACAGCUCGAAGCAGGACAAACGGAUGGAUUUCUCACCAUGGUUCGGACGUCACUGGCUUUGGCACUGAAGGGAUUUGAUGCGCGUCAAAGUUAGAAAAAAAUGUGACGCAAGUCAAAGCACCUUUACCACAUCUUUGAUAAACGUGAAAGGUGUACUACCUUUGACCAAAAUCAAAAAAGGCCUUUACCAGAUUUGAUUUACAGUUAAAUUAAUCCAAGAUCACUCGAAUCAUGGUGCAUCAAAGGAACCGAAGAAUCCUUACCCAGAGUGGACUUUUCGACCUCAUGAUCCUAUUGAUCUUGGAUUAAUCUGUUUUGUAAAGAAACGCAAAAUCCGUUUUUAUGAUCUUGGAUUUUCCCAAAGAAAUGCACCCUAGGUCAAAGGUAGAUGCGAAGGGCGAUUUUUC